AUGCCACUUUCUCCGGAGGAUAUUGUCAGGAACUACGCUUACGAUGGAAGUACCCUAGAAUGCAUUAACACGCGCAAGUCAGAACUGAAGAUAUCCAUCGUCGAGCCCAAUCCAGCGUGGCCGCAACGAUUCCUAGACACCAAAGCGCGGAUUGAAACUGAGCUGGGCUCAACUGCGGUCGCCAUUUUUCAUGCUGGAUCUACCAGUGUACCAGGUCUGCCGGCAAAAGAUGUUAUUGACAUCGACCUGGUGGUAAAGGACCUCAUGGACGAGGACUCUUACGUUGAGCCUCUCGAGCGCUUGGGCUUCAUAUUUCUAUUCCGCGAGCCAGACUGGCAUCAACAUCGCUUUUUUGUUGACGAAGGGGAUCGUCCUGAUGCAUAUCCGAUCAAUCUGCACGUGUUUGGGCCGGAUUGCCCAGAGGUCGAAAGGCACCGGAUUUUUCGCGAAUGGCUCUCAACGACACCAGAGGACCUGCUGCUAUACGCGACGGUCAAACGGGAGUGUGCUGGAGCUGCCGAAGCAGCAGGGGAAUCAAUGCAACAAUACACCGAUCGAAAGGAUAUGGUAGUAAGAGAGAUUUUGAAUAGGGCAUUUCGUAACCUGGGCUACAUCAAGUGA